ACACACACAAGCACACAUUCAGGUUCUAAGGAUUUCACUGAACGUUAUUUGUAAUUAAUUUAUGCUGUCAUCUGAUUGGUGUUUGGCUGUGUGUGCAACAUGCAACAUGAUUCACCCUCUCUUCCUCAUUCCACCUUCAGCUUCAUUUGGUCUUAAAUUUCCACCUCCACUUCUUUGACUCGAUCAACUACAUUAAAGUACCUUACCUUGUUUAGACAAGUGAAAAGAAAAGUCUGUCAAACACUUCAGAGCUAGAAACCUGCUACAUGAGGCUACUGGAAAAGUAGUGAACAUUUCAAAAUCAUGGGCAAACUGUCUGUCCUUUUGUUUGUUCUUUCGUUUUCCACCAUUGUCAACGCAGGUUCAGGAUCACAUUCUCUGUGGGCACUUGCAACAUAUAUAAGCGGAGAGACGCCUUUCCCUGAGUUUACGGUUGUGGUGAUGUUGGAUGAUGUUCAAGUGGCUUACUAUGACUCCAACAUAAAACACUUCAUCUACAGGGUAAAUAACACCCCUAACAAAAUACAUGAUAACGAAGCUCAGGACGGAGCUUAUAUACUUGGAAUGAUGUACAACAACAUGAAAGAGAGAUCAUUUAACCUAAAGCACCACUUCAAGUUCACAGAAGGUGUUCAAGUUCAGCAAAGAAUGUCUGGCUGUGAGAUUUUGGACAAUGGUGAACCGGUCAUGUUCAUGGUAAAGGACACUUUCAAUGCCAUCUAUACAGAUCAAAUGGUAUAUUACAACAUGACACAUUUUAUAUAUGAUGCUGGGAAACUACUACUAGGAUCGGACGGGAUUAGGCAAGCAUUUGAAAGAGUACUAUUUGAGAAUGUUCACCUUCCCAUUUGCAUCAGAACACUGAAGACAAUCCUGAAGAGAGAGAAGAACAUUGUGAUGCGUAAAGUUCCUCCCAGACUCAGGUUGAUAAAUAAAGAGGUUUCUGGAGGGUUUCAGGUGAGCUGCCUGGUGUUUGGUUUCCACCCCCGCCACAUCAACCUGACCCUGCUGAGAGACAGCCAGCCAGUGGCAGAACAGGAGCUGACAGGGGGGGAGGUGCUGCCUAGUGGAGAUGGGACCUACCAACUGAGGAAGAGUCUGGAGGUCAGUACUGAGGAGCUAAAGAAGAGACACAACUACACCUGUACUGCCUCUCACCUCAGUCUGGACAACAAGCUGGAUGUCAGUUGGGAGUCUGGGGCAGAGAGAGUUCACCUGUCCACCCUCUCAGUUCUACUGGUGAUGCUGCCGAUUGUUAUUCUAUUGGGCAUUUUCAUUUGCGUCAAAAGGAGGUGGAGAUGCACUGCCUCCCAGUCUAAACUUACCAACGUUGAUGCAAACGUGUCAGAGGAAAUAAACCUUUCUUCAGAUUCUGAGACCUAAUGAAAUGUUGGGACACUGAUGCAACUUUGUCAAUUCAGCUCAAUUCACAAUGAAAAUAUGACUGCGAGACCAUCUAUAAGGGCAGACACAAAAUGUGUGAAUGAUUCUGUUAUGGUCGGUUGAUCUUCCCUUCCCCUCAUUAAAGGACUGUAAAGGAUCAAUUUGGGGAGACUGUUGACAAGAACAAAUAUCUGGGUAUUAUUAGUACAGAUCUGCAUUUAUAUAUUUUAUAGGCUGGUUUGGCAUCCUGCUCAUUAACAAAGAUAAUAUUUUAAUUAUUUCUGUUAUGUAAUCUGUCAUUU